AUGAGUAACGCAAUCAUCUCCAGUAUAUGGUCGGCGUCCACGUUGCUGGUAAUCGGCGCGGUGGUCUUGUUGCUUCGCGGCUUCUACCUCGUGGUAUACCGGCUCUACCUCAGUCCGCUGGCUAAAUUCCCUGGACCCAAGUUGGCGGCGGUGUCUAGUUGGUACGAAGCAUACUAUGACCUGUUCAGCAAGGGCCACGGCGGCCAGUUCGUAUUCCAGAUCAAGCGGUUGCACGAAAAGCAUGGGCCCAUCGUGCGGAUCGGUCCAAACGAGGUCCACAUCGAUGAUCCGGACUACUACAACGAGGUAUACAGCAUGGCCUCGCCAACCAAACCCAUUGACAAGCUGGUCCAAUAUAAGCACCGGUUCGGCAUGCCUGAGGCGACCAUCAGCACGGUGGAGUCAGAACAUCACCGUAUCCGUCGGGCGGCAAUCGCGCCCUUCUUCUCGCGUUCCCGCAUUAGCUCGCUGGGGGACACGCUGACGAAGGUGAUUGAACACAUCUCGCGCAGGCUGGAGAAUGAAUUCGCCGGGUCGGGGGCGGUUGUCAACGUGUGCGACAUGUGGGGGACGCUGACGGCCGAUGUGGUGUCGGAGAUGGCAUUUGCGCGCUCAACGGGCUUCUCCGCCGCCCCAGACUUCCAGUCGCCCUACUCGCAUGCCCUGAUGAGCUGGGUCUACGCCGCCCACUAUACUACCCACUUCAACUGGAUCAUGCGCAUGACUCAAUGGAUGCCUGAUUUCAUCAUGGGGGCCUUGGUACCCUCUUUUAAGCCUAUCCUGGAUUAUCGCGUGGCAAUCCAAAGGCAGAUUAAGGAUGUACUGGCGGGCAAUAAUGUCGAGGCGAAGACGGCCGCUCAUCCAACAAUUUUCACGGAUAUUCUGCAGGCCAACCUCCCGCCCGCGGAGCUCUCCUUCCAUCGCCUAACGCAAGAGGCCAUGAGCGUCAGCGGGGCGGGCAUCGAAACCACUAUGUGGACGCUGUCAGUGGCCACCUUCCACAUCCUGUGGAAUCCCACCGUCGAAAAGCGGCUGGUGUCUGAGCUGGUGGAGGCGAUGCCCGACCCGGGCCAGAUCCUCUCCUGGGCGCAACUGGAGAAACUGCCCUGA